UUUUUAUUUUUGGUUCCAACUUCCAAGUAGCAAAGCGUUUUAACGAGAUAUGGAGAAGAAUCAUCUGAAGACGAGUUUCACGUUUGAGAUAGAUAAAUUUUCGGAGAAGAAGGAUGUCAUAUCUUCUCCUAUAUUCAUAAGCGGCGGAUGCGAAUGGUUUGUUAGAGUUCACCCGAAGAGAUACCUUAAUAAAGAUCAUGUAUCUGUGUAUCUGCACGUUGCAAAUCCUGAAUCAUUACAAGCUGGUUGGAAAAGGAGAGCUAAACAUUCAUUCAUUAUGUUGAAUCAAUCCGGCGAAGAGCUCAAAAGAACAUCUGAAGCAUGCGACUUGUUCUGUAAUGAGGUCCCAGCAUGGGGUUAUCCCAAAGUAUUGCCUGUUAGCAAGCUUAAAGAAGAAGAGUUUUUAGAGAAUGACAAACUGAUCAUUAAAGUAGAGCUACAAGUAGUUGAAGUUGUUCAUAAAGGAAACGCAAGUGGGACAGAGAUGUUAGAUAUCAAUGAGAAAGCAGAUGCUGAUGGGUCUCAUGUCCAACAACAUGAGGAGCGUGUCAAGAAUCCUGAGCUGUUGGAAUUGAAGUUUAAGCUGGAAUAUUUGCAGACAAAGCUUGAGGAGGUUUCCUUGGAGAGGAGAAAAGCAGAAGAUGCUGACAGUUCUCGAGUCCAACAACUUGAGGAACGUGUUAAGAAUUUUGAGCUGAUGGGAAUAGACUCUAAGCUGGACUGUUUGAAGUCAAAUCUUCAGGAGCUUUCCUCGGAGAGAAAGGAAUCAUAUUAUGCUAAUAAGUCUCGGGUCAUACAAACCGAGGAACGUGUCAAGAAUCUUGAGCUUAUGGAAUUAGAUGACUUCAAGUCAAAGCUUGAUGAGCUUUCCUUGGAAGGGAAAAAAUCAGAUGAUGCUAAUGAGUCAGUAGUCACACAACUCGACGAACGCAUCAAGAAUAUUGAGCUGAUGGAAUUGAACCAUACAGUGGACGUGAAGUCAAAGCUUGAACAAGUUUAUUUGGCGAGGAAGAAAACAGAUGAUGCUUAUAGGUCUCGGGUCCAACAACUUGAGGAAAGCUUCAAGAACCUUGAGCUGAUGGUGUUGGAUCUCAAAGUUGAACUGGACAAGGAAAAGGCCAAAUUUUGUGAUGAUGAUUUUUUGUUAGUCAACGAGUUUGCUUGA